AUGCCAGAGGCGGCUCUUGCAAGAGAGGCCGAGGACCAGACGACUGAAGCGGGUGUCCACGUGGGACGACAGCACUUUGUGGUGGCGACCUCCGGGGUGGCAGGAAGCAGCAGCGGGGGACACAGCCGAGAAGCGGGGAAUGCGAUUCGAGGAGGGGAGACGAGAGGAGGGAGAGGAGGGGGAGGAGCAGAAGGCGGGCCCGAGGCGGGCCAAAGAGGCCCCGAACGCGGAGGCUCAGGGACCGACAGCCAGCCAGACGGACGCGCGGAGCCCGGAGCAUCACCGCGGCGGCGGCAGCGGCCGACUCUGGAGGGCUUCGGGGGCGGCGAGCCCUCGGGCCCCGGCGGCGCGGCCAUGGCCGAGCUCAAGUCGCUGUCGGGGGACGCGUUCCUGGCGCUGAGCCACGGCUACGCAGCGGCGGCGGCUAGCCUCGCCCUCGGGGCGGUCCAGGGGUCCGAGGCCGGCCGCGGCUACAGCGCGCCGGACCUGGGCGGCGAACUCCCCGCGGCGCCCGCGCCCGGCACCCCCGCCGCAGCGGCCGAGAGCAGCGGCGAACAGAGUGGCGACGAGGACGACGCCUUCGAGCAGCGGCGGCGGCGGCGGGGUCCCGGGGUCCCGGCAGACGGGCGGCGGCGGCCCCGCGAGCAGCGCUCGCUGCGGCUCAGCAUCAACGCGCGCGAGCGGCGGCGCAUGCACGACCUGAACGACGCGCUGGACGGGCUGCGCGCCGUCAUCCCCUACGCGCACAGCCCGUCGGUGCGCAAGCUCUCCAAGAUCGCCACGCUGCUGCUCGCCAAGAACUACAUCCUCAUGCAGGCGCAGGCCCUGGACGAGAUGCGGCGCCUCGUGGCCUACCUCAACCAGGGCCAGGGCCUGGCCGCGCCCGUGGCCGCCGCGCCCCUGGCGCCCUUCAGCCAGGCCACCGCGUACCCCUUCUCGGCGGGCGCCGCGCUGCCCUGCGCAGACAAGUGCGCCGUCUUCCCCGGGACUCCCUCGGCGCUUUGCAAACACUGUGACGAGAAGCUGUGAGGGCCCCGGGCUGCCCCCUGCUUCCGCAGACCCUCCAUUUCACAUUGCCCACGAUGACGGCGUCACCCCCCCUUCCGGACCCCGCCCUCGCUUCCAGCCCGUGCGCGCUGAACAGCCUGGGGCCACGGGAAAUGCAAAGCCCGUCGGACCCGGAGCUGAGCUUUGAGUGGGGCCCUGGAAUCCACGCCGGAGAGUCUGCAGCAUCCGUCGGGCACCUUCCCGACGCCCAGCCAUGGAGCCCGGGGCCGCAGCGGAGGUGACCACCAGUGCUUUUCGAGGCGCCGCUGCUCACCCUCAGCCAGAAAACCAGGGCUGCAGGGGGAGCGGGAGGUGGCACCACCCGUUCUCAGCAACAGCCCGGGGCUCGCGGAGCACAGCGACCGAGGGUACCGCGCUUGGCGGGCAUGGCCCUUGCCUUAGGGCGCAUCCUCAUUCUCCCAUCGGCCCCUCUCGCCAAACUGCAGGACCGCGCUCUGGGUGGGCGUGAUCGGGAAGAAGCAGGACGCCCGGCGCCUCUGCCGGCUCCACAACCCUGCGCCCCCGGCGACGCAAGAGGAGCCCGGCGUUUCGGCUUCCUCAAGUCUGAGUUUAUGUUUAUUUUCUUGCCAAACUAGAGGUGCUAACCUCUAGAGGUGGACGCCAAGGACCGCUGCCUCCAAGCGUAAGGAAUUUGUCCCUUACACAGUCCCUGGACUCCCCAGGGUGUGGCCCUGGUGGAGUUGGAUGGAGACUGCCCUUCACCCUCUGCUUCAAGGCAGCUGCGUGGAGGAGUUCGCCCCUGUGCCCCUACUUGGCCAUGGGGUGUGAAGGGAGGACCCGGUCUAGCUCCAGGGCCUGGCAAAACCCCUUUCCCACUAACCCCCCUCUUCCCGCUCUUUGGGGGAAGGAGGCCUGGCCACCGGUGAGUAUGCUGAGGGGGCCUUGUGAACGGUGGGGAGCGUCUGUGGGGAGCGUGUCUCCUUUCUGUCGGUGUGCAGCUCAGAAUUCUGCCACCAUGGGGUCCAGCUCCGCACACAGCCCUGCCGGCGCCCUGGGGGCUGAGCUGUGCGCCCAGUUUGUGCCGGAACCGCUCUGCUACAAUAUCUGGCUUUAUUAACCCAAUUUCCUCGGCUGUCGUUAAUGCUAUGCUAAUGGGGAGAGGGCUGCCGCCCUACAAAGCGGCCUGUCUAUAGCACUUAUCUUUAAUUAAUACAUUUCAAAGGCCCUUUUAUAUUUGCAAAAUGAAAUGUGUGGUUAAGUCUUACUCAUAAAGACAUAUGCUUAAUACCGGUUUCUGCUCAUUUCCAUUUUCAUUUUUCAUUGUCUUCCCCCCCCUCUCAACCGGCUAAUUGAUCAGUUUUGCAAUGUAGAGCUGAGGG